UGUAACAAACGUCAGUAACACGAAUGUAAGGCAAGGAGGAAGAACCCAGUAAAUCCAAGCCAGUCCCGGCCAAGCCCGGCGCCGUCAGAAAGGAAAGAGUGACCGAGAAGCCGUCUCUUCCCACUGAGCUCGCACGAAGCCAAGGGAAAGAUCGCAAACCGAAAGCCACUUGGAAGUUAAAGUCCAAGAUAGAAAAGUUGCGUCAAAUCGUAACAAUUCACUCUCACGGAGACCCAACGAUUCGCCAGAAUUUAAGGAAAUGUUUGAACAAACGAUUAGCAUCAACGACGUCGCCGAACAUGGCAUCGUCCCCAGAAGCGUCGACGAACUCGUCGACAUGUUGGACAUCGGGGCUGGACUUGCUGGAGGAUUUGGAUCUGAGUCUGUUCACGGACUCGUUUCAGAUGCCACCAUCCCCACAUUCCAACAAUUCUCUACAUUUGGUACAGAAUCCAAGUGGCCUAUUUGACAACGAGCUAGCUGGAAUCAAACCUGAUCCAGCUGCCACGACCUUUGACCUGAAAACCGAUUUUACUGAUGAGGGGGAUGAGCCUUGUUUGGAUAAGAUGGGCGGUGAUGUCCUUGAUAUGCUUACUUCCCUUUCUGAUGAUGUUGAUGACGAGUACCUCAACAGCUUCAUGGAUCUGACAGGAUUCCUCCAGCUGGAGGAUUCAAACCUUGGUAAACCUGAAGAGGUUUCACUGACACCACCAGAGCCUGAAGUAGUUGAGGAACCUGUCCAGACAAGUUCCCUGAAACGUAAGCGUGAUGUAGUGUGCGAGGAGACAGAGCCAUUUUCAGCUAGCUUUGAUCAUGACUAUGUCUCCAAGAAACCUCGUACAUCUACAUCUUCUGCUAUGGAGGAUGAAGUGUUCGACUUCGAAAAACCUACAACUAAGAUUGCCCCAGCAGAGAAGUACCGAGAGAGGCGCGUAAAGAACAACAUCGCAUCCAGGAGGUCUCGGGAAAUUCGCAAACAGAAGUAUGUGAACAUGGAAGAGGAGGCGGAGAGAUUGGUUGCUGAGAAUGCAAAACUCCGUGAACGCAUCACAGAAAUGGAACAACUAGCAAAAGAGAUGAAAGCAACUCUGAUCAGCAAAUUGGCAGGGAAGUAAAUUCUUUCACGGCUGUGAAGGAACUGGACAAUUUACUGAAAAGAUGGAGCAAUCUCUUGAGUCAUUGUAUUUCUGUAUGAUAUAUACAAUCUGUGUAUAGACUAAAUGUAAUAUGCAUCAGAUUGUUGAGUGUGGUAAUAAUAUAUUUGUAUUAUUAUUGGAAUAAAUUUGUACAGGGAAAUGUACAAAAAAAAUUUAAGAUAUAUAAAAACAAAAAAAAAUGAAUUGCAAAUCUGACAACAUGUAUAUGUUUUUGUUGUUCAGUUUGUCGUCUACAAAUUCAUUUGAAAUGUUUUCAUUUAUGUUUAGUAUGUGUUGUAAACGGUUAGUACCGUGUUUUUUUUUUAUGAUUAUAAUGAACCUCAGGAGCAAGUGGUUUUUUUUAAUUAUCAUCAGAAGUCUGAGGUUAUGCAUCUUACAAGCAAGUCUUUGAUGUGUUGUUAUUAUAUUUGUGCUUUCAAAGCACAGCCCUCCCAUGUACAUAUGUUUAAACCAUGGCGAGGGCAAGAAACUUGUUAUUUGUUUCCAUUUAUUUAUUUUCUAUUUUAAGUUAAAAAAUAUUUCAUUUCAUUUUGAUGGUUCAAGAUAUCGACAUAAAUUUGAAAUUGUCACAAUGUUUUUCCUACACAAAAUUGUACAAAUAAUUUUAUAUUUUUACCUCAAGUGCUUGAUGAUUUUAUAUUUUAUCUAUAGAAAAUUGAUGAUUGUGGGUCAGAUAGGAUCAAUUGAAAAGUUGAGUUUAAUGUUAUUGAUAAUCAUUUACAGACUCUAAAUGAAAGGAUUUUUUUAGAAAUAAAGAUAAAUGGCAUGCAUUAUAUUGUUUUGUUUACUAUACAGAUAUUGAAAAUAAAAACAUUGACAAUUUUCAAACAUUCUAAACAAUUCUGGUUCUUUUAAAACAUGAGACCUUGCUAUAAUGGCAGAUUAUUAAUUUUGUUCAAAGUUUAUUCUGAUGACUUGGUAGAUCACCAGAACAGUUGAUAUGACCAGGUCUAUGUCCAAUGUUUUAUUUUUGUUGAUGUAACUUUUGACUAGGACAGCGAGAGAGCGAGGACUUGUAAGGACUAAGAUGUUACUUUGAUGAUACUUUGUCUAAUGGAUGGCAACAUUAUGUAAGUGGGACAAUUAAGUCGUGAAACUUCCUCCCAACAGUUUAAAAUUUGAAUAAAUAAGGAUUGUUUAUAAUGAAAUGAUUGAUGGAAUGGGAGAGAACAUUUUUUGGAAAAGGGUAAUGGAUGAUUACUGAUGAGAAUUAUUUCCACAAAGCUUGCGAGGACUGACAAUAACAUACAUUUAACAGGUUUUCUGUCUGUGUAGAGUCAUCAUCAUUAGUUUAAAAUAACUGUACGAUGUGUACUAAUGUAGACAUAAAAACUGACAAAAAAAAUCAAUAUGCAACAUUACCGACAGAAUCCUGUAUAUUUGAUUGUUUGUAUAUAGAAGUUGUCUAUUACAUCAUUAUUUCUUACAUAUAUCAUUAUUUCUCACAGCAAUUUUACACUUGCUAUUCAUCGACAUUUACAAUAUAAUUGCAAUCAAGGUAACUUAAAUUUUUUUGAAUUUUUUUCUAACUUUUAAGUCAUGGAUAUGUUGAACAUAGAUGAUCAUAUUGAUACAUGCGUGACAGCAGAUCAAUAAAGUAGUGUUGUAACAGUUCAUGUAUAGCUUCAUACAGUCAAGAAAUCUACAGGCACCAACAGCAAACUAUAGAUGAAGUGUGCAAGCCUGAAAUUCUUAAGUAAAUAUUCUCAAUAAGGAUAAAUGUCCCAAGAAUUUGUGAGGUAGAAAAAUUGAGGGUGAGAAUUUUGAAUAUACUUUCUAUUAAUACUAUGAAUUUUAUGCUGUAAUAACUUUUCAAAUAUUGGUACACUUGAGAAAUUUGAAAGAGAGCUGGCUGGUGGAUAAAAUUGUUACUGAAUUUUGUUGAAGUUGAUACAUGUGAAGAAAUGAGAAAAAAAAU